AUGAAGGUUUACCUACAACAUACCCUCUUAGGGUUGGGUCUAUCAGGCCUAAGCCUAGCCGGGGUCGCAAGAAACAUCGAGGUGAUACGGUUUCACAGCCCCGGGGGUGUAACCACCGACUCACUACACAACAUCCACGUCGAAUUCCUGGACGAUCAGUUCGAAGGUCAUCUGCAGCUCGUGUACGGGGAAUGCGGGCUCCGAGAUCCGAUACAGAGUCACCAUUCGAUCGGGAGCACGUUCGUGAAACGCGAAGCACACCCAGAGCGAUUCGUCUGGACCACACCAUCUGACGCGCCCCAUUCCAAUUGUCUUCAUGCUUUCUCCGGAUCAACGCUCCUGGGACGUUCUUCCCCCAUUAUGGUCUCAUCACCUGUUCAGAAGCGUGAGAGUAUCGCCGAUGUAGCAGAUGCCACGGGACCAUGGUUUGACGGAGUGGCGUACAUGAAGUCAAAAAAGCACAGCGACGCAUUUGUCUCUAAAGCAAAGAAAACCUCCGUUGCUAUUCUUGGUGGUGGAAUGUCCGGCUUGAUGACGAGUUUGCUGCUCGAAUCUGUCGGUAUCCAUGACUGGCACAUCUAUGAAUCGUCCGGGCGAGUCGGUGGUCGUAUUCGUACGAAAUACCUCAACAACACUACUCCCGAGCAAUAUCAAUAUCAAGAAAUGGGACCAAUGCGAUUCCCAGUAAGCAUCACAUAUGCCGACACAAAUGAGACCCUCGAAAUCCAAGAUCACCGCAUGGUCUUCCAAUUAGCCAACGUCCUUAACAAGAUGAACAACGACAACCCAGAUCUUCAAGUCAACUUCAUCCCCUUUGUCCAGAACAGCCCCAACGUCCCAGCAGCAUCUGGCGGCAAUCGUCUCCCAAAUGGUCGAAUCCCCACUGUCUCCCAAGUCGCCGCCAACUCAUCCCUAGUCUACAAAGCCCCCUCAUCAAACGAAACUGCCGUCGAAGAAGCCGAAUCCGCAUUCGACGACUACACAAAACUAAAUGACCGCGAAACAAUUCGCAAACUAGCAACAAAUAUGUACCAAGCCCACAAACAAGCCGUCGACGACGGCAUGUUCCACUGGUCCGAAGCCGGAUACCUGAAAUACGCAAUGGGCUACGACGCCAACAUCACCGACUACGUCGCCGGCGCAGACACAUCCCCGAUCUGGGGCGGCUUAUAUGAUGACGUCUACUUCGCCGCAACAAAAUGGCGCACAAUCGAUAAGGGUCUGGAAUCACUCCCCCGCGCAUUCUACCCCCACGUCGCGGAAAAGACAACCCUCAACCGCACAAUCGACGGUCUAAUCUACAACGAGACAACGGGUAAAGUCGCCGUCGCAUGGCGCGACGAUCUAUUCCAGAUGGUCCCCGAAACCAAAGAAUACGACUACGCCGUCGUUGCUGCACCAUUCAGUAAAGUCAGACUGUGGGAUCUGCCGCGGUACUCGUCGCUUCUGAGUCGGGCUAUCUCAACAAUGAAUUACAGCCCCUCGUGCAAGAUCUCGUUGCUGUAUAAGACGCGGUUCUGGGAACACAUGGAAGAACCCAUCUUUGGUGGAUGUGGAUCUGUUGAUAUCGCCGGUGUCGGGAAUGUCUGCUAUCCCUCGUACAACAUGAAUGCGACGGGUCCUGGUGUGAUUCUCGCAUCUUAUAUCUCUGGUACGCCGGCGCGGUCGACGGCGGCGUUGAGUGAAGAGGAGCAUGUUGCGCUCGUUCAGCGUGCGAUGGUCGAGGCCCAUGGUGAGAUUGCUGCUGAGCAGUUUACCGGUGUGUAUGAGCGACAGUGUUGGGAGGUUGAUCAGCAUCAGGCGGGUGCUUGGGCUAGUCCGCUUGUUGGGCAGCAGGAGUUGUUUUUGCCUGCUUAUUAUCAGACGGAGUUUAAGACUAUCUUUAUUGGGGAGCAUACUAGUUAUACCCAUGCUUGGAUUUUCUCGGCGUUGGAUUCGGCGGUGCGGGGGACGACGCAGUUGUUGCUUGAUCUUGGUUUGGUUGAUGAGGCUAAGGAGAUUGUUGAGACUUGGAUGGGGAGGUGGAUUAAGUUGUGA